AUGGACAUUAGAGAAACAUGGAAAAUUAUUGAAUAUGGAAAAAUUUCAGGGCCCAUCAAUAUACCAUUGGAUGAUAUAGGUCAAAUUCACAUAAACCAAGAGAUUUCAAAGGAGGAGGAGUACAGUGAAGUAAAACCAUCCACAUCUGGAAGGCUCAUGUUUUUUGUCUAGCUGGAGUAAGAAAGAAACAAGACAACUUUGGACGUAGCAAUAUCUUUGGACUUUAAUAGUGCUGAGCAGUAUGCUAGAAAUUGGACAAAAUAG